AUGAUGCCGGGGAGUGGCUCUCAUUUAGUUGGUUCUCCUGCCUCGCGGGUGGGUGGCGGAGACAAUGUUCAUGACGUUUCUUUGUCAGUCGGUCGUAAGAGGGAUGUGCGGCGUGCACAGGGGCGAAGUCCUGACUAUCGCGUCUUUGAUGUCGUGGUACCGCCCUCUGCUGCUUCUGCUGCUGCCUCGAGAGGGACUCGGCUGAGUGGUGUUUCGCCGCCACGGGUGCAGGUAUCCCGUGAGGAUCCAGAGAACAAUCCACCUGCCCCCUCUACUGCCACGGGACAGGCGCUGGCAUUGACGAUCCUCCCAAAGACUCCUGAGGACACCGACUUGUCCGCUGCUCUUGUCGGCACCCGUGAUUUACGAAACGGUUUGCUGGAUCAGAAGCUGCAACACUUGCAACGUGAGACGAAUGCGCUACGAGAAGAACUAAGAGAGACGUCCAGGCGUCUUGCACAUGUGACGGUGAAGCUGAACGAACAAAAGGUAGAGUUCAGUGGCUUGACUCAUCGGUACGGUGCAACCGUGGAGAAGCUUACGGCCGCUGAAUGUAAUGUAAAGCGGUUGGAGGAGCACAUCGUAAAGGAGCGGGGCCAGCACGGGGUUCUGCGGGAGGAGCGCGACAAACUGAAGGUCUCCUUGAAGGAUUUGGAAUGGGAGGUGGAAAAAUUGCGUCGAGAACUUCAGGAAGAGCGGGAGAGACCAGCGAUGGACCCUCGACAGGUACAGCGCAUGUUAGAGGACCGCACGCGUUACGUUCCCGCUGCCGAAUUUCAGCGACAUUGCGAAGAAAUGCGUGACAAACAGCAUGUUUUUGUAAAUCGUUUUGUGGCGUCCCUUGAUACACUUUUGGUGCAACAUGAGGAAGACGAAACUUCGGUUUUUGUCGCUCGAAGUGCAGUUCUUUCCGCCGCGACGGACUUGGAGGCAAGGGUGGCGUCUGCGGAAACAACGCUUGGUGUACUGUGUGAUCAGUUGGCUGUUUUUAACGAAGGAACGGAGCGCGACAUGACGGAGAUGAUUACUGCACUUAUUGUGGAGAAUAAAGAACUGUGGCAGCAUUUGUCGAAGCUGAAGGGUGACCACGACGUGGCCAUUGCGCAGCUGAAGGCGAUUCGUCGCAAGGGUGAACACGUUCCACAUGAUCAGUAUGAGUACACCCAGAAACAGCUGGCACUAACUGCGGAAAAGCUGUCCACGGCUCAAAAAACUGUACAGGCGCAAAUUGACUUGGCAAAAGAGCACGAGGACCAAAUGAAGCUGCUGUUGAAUACGAAUGAAUCGCUGCAGGAUCAGGUGCGUUGUCUCACGGAGGAACUGGACCAAGUAAAGGAGGAGCUGGAGCGGAAAGGGAAAUUGUUGGAUGAGAAUAAGGCGACAGCCAAUGAGGUUUUGCUUCGGGCGGAAGAAUUUCAGGAAAAAGCGGAAGAUGAGCGGCGUCGUUUGAAUAAGACGAUAGAGCAGCUUAAUGAAAAUAUUACUUCUAGAGAACAGGAAUACGAGCAACACAUUCGCAACCUCCGGGAGGAGCGAAAUGCGGCGUGUCAUGAUCUCGAACGUGCACGGCACGAAUUGAAUGACACCCAACAGCGUGCUGAAUCGUUACAAAGAGAGCUUGACACUCGUACACGCUACUUUGAGAACUAUAGACAACAGGCAGAAGACCACCAGCAGCAACUAAGCCGCUCCUUGCAAGAAGAGAUGACCGCCGCAAGGGAGCUAUUAGAACAAGAGUUGAAUGUGACACGACAGGAGUUGGAAGAUCAGCGGGCGGCCGUGAGGGAGCUGGAACGGGAACGGGACGACGAGCAGGCAGAGCGUCGCGCCGCGCAGGCCGUUGCUGCAGGAUUAGAGGCAGAACUGUCACAACAGCGUCGGGAAAAUGAGCAGCAGCAGCACCGUUUAGAGGACGUCACGACGCGUGUGCAAAGACUGGAGGCUGAAGCGGAUCAGCUGCGACAGACUCGUGAUACCGCGGUGGAGGAGACACGUCAGCUUCAACGGGAAGUAGCACGACAUCAAGGGCGCACCCAGGAAUUGGAACAGCAGAUGCAACAGGAGCGUGAGUCGCACACGCAACAGUCGACACAACUCCGACAGGAAAUGCGAGAGGCUGAGGAGCGUCGUUCAACGAUGCAGGAUGAUUUAAAGAAGCUACGUUUACGUCUUGUAGAAUUGGAACGGGAUAAACAGCAGCGUGUCUCGCGUGAGCGCACAGAUGCUGAAAAAGAGAGUUUUGUGCGGGAAAAUGCCCGACUUCAUGAACAGUAUCAGGAAGUGCAACAGGAAAACGUGGCCCUGCGUGAAAGCCUGCAGCUGCUGAAGGGGAAGUUGCUCAACCAUGAGCAACUCUCCCAGCAGCUGGAAGAUGUGCAGGAACGUCUGAAGCAACUUCCAAUGCUUCGGCAAGCCGCAGAAGAUGCCAAAUGUGAUGCGAUGCGUGCAUCACAGGAAACAGAGAUGCUGCGCCAAGAAAGAGAUGCAAUGGCGGCCAAAUUGGACUUUUUUCUGGAGGAGAGUAAGCAGGCUGCGAAAAAAGACGAAGAAUGGGCUCGUAUUUUUCGUGAUGCCGCCGAACAAACUCGUCGUCUCAGUGGCCAGGUCUCUGUGGUGAAAAAACAACAACAGUCGCAUCGUAGUCCAUCGAUUUUUGUUAGCGCCCAUCCAAGCGGAUACAGUGAACAAUACAGCAACUAUCAACGGGUUCUGGGAAAUGGCGGUAGCAGCACGCAACGCAAACAGUCGCCGCCUUUGCGUUCCGCUGCAGAUGCAUCGCCACAGCCCCUUGCACCUCCUAUCUCCCGGCCGUGGCACUGA